UAUUCGAGCAAUCAGACGUGUUAACAGCAUCCUUAGUUACAAUACGAAAGCUCGUGAGUUCGAUUCGGCAGUUUUUGGGAUAAAAUUUACCGCGUUAGUAGAAACGUAAAUCAAGAACCGAUAAAAUUCAAAUAAGGUCUAAAAAGUGAAAAAAUACAGGCUAACCUGUGAUUAUCAAUUGAUAUCUGCUUAUUCAUGUUCAUCAGGAUAGGAGCUUCACAGCACCAAUCCUCGAACUAAAUUCACACAUCCGAAAAAGAAAACACAGAUAAAAUGCAGGAAAACCAAAACUGCCAGAACGCAUUCUCCAUCCCUGAUAUAAAAAACGAAGCUAUUAAGGGGCUUUUCCAACUUUUAAACGUAGGAGAAACCAAAUUCUGCAACCUACGCGAACUUGACGAGGCAACCCUGAUAUUAGGUAAUACAGGGGUAGGAAAAACCAUUUUCACUCGAAGAAUUGCAGGGUACGGAUCAUCACUGCGAUCGAUCGAAGAUGGUCUGGGCUACGCGAUCAUAAAAACCAACAACACCGAUAAUGACGAUAAAUCCUUCAUUACAUCAGAUACUGUAUUUCCAGAACAAAUCAAAGACAACAGUACAGGAGCUAUAUAUUACGAUUUACCAGGGUUCCUGGAUACCAGAGGAGCAGCUAAUGAUAUAACUACAACUUACUUUAUCAAAAAAAUAGUCGAUAAUGUGAAACAAGUCAAAUUGCUGUUUCUUAUUAAUCAAAGCUCGUUAAGUAAUCAAGGAACUAGAGACGAUUUCAUUACGCUUCUAUCGCACGUGACAAAGUUUGUGAAAAAUAUCGAAAAAUACAAAGAUGGCAUAGCACUCGUCGUAACAAAAGUUAGAUACCCGAAAAAAACUGAUGAAAACAUCGUCUCUGCAAUAGCUGCGUUCAUUAAAAAAGCUAAAAACGAAUUACAGCAAAACAGUAAGAGCAAUGUGGACUACACCAAUGUAAUUAAACUUCUCGACAUAUUAUUGCAACAAGAUGGAAACACGUAUCCAAAAAUUACAAUUUCUCGAUCACCUGAUCAGAAAGGGCUUUUGAGUGAAAUUCCAAUAGUGCAUGAAAACACCAAGAAGCUAAAAACCAUGCUCUCAAAGAUGAAAUUCGUCGAAAAAAAUGAUUCAGAUUUUGGUUACAUUAUACCGAAGAAAUCUCUCAUAGAUAUUGACAAUAUUAUGGAUGAAAUCAGUCGAAACGCUGCUGCCAGUGCUCGAGAAAUUAGUAAAGAAAUUCAAAAAUAUCUAUUUUCUGAAGAAGAUAAAAUCUACGAUAUCACCAAAUUGUACAGUCUUGCAAGUACCAGAUAUGAUGAAUUACAGAAAUUAAAGCAAGGGGCGAACAAUCAACAAGAAAUCCAAAAAUGUGUACGAGAAGUUGAUAAAGGUGCAGUUUCAAUGAAUAUCAACUCGAAUUACCAGAAAACAUUGAUCAUAUUUGGAGAUUAUCUGUCAUUUUUGCACCAAGUUAGCGACCACGCCAUAAAUAACGAAUUCAAAUGUGCAGACGGUUUGCAAGAUGUCCUCCAGUUUUCCUAUAGGUCGAAAAAAUGGUAUUAUUUUCUGAAUAAAUUAUACGAAAAAUUAUCCGACUAUGAAACACAAAGCAAUACUCUCAAUAGCCAAUGUAUCUCAUUUGCUGAUCAUGUCAUCAAUCAUAUUGAGACUAAAAAAAAUUCUGAAUUCAAAAUCGAUCCGGUUGCUUUGAAAAAAUGCUACCCAAAUUACGAAUCUGAAUUCGAAGAUAUAAAAAGUGUUAUAGUUGAUAAACCGAAAUUAGAAGCUUUAGGUAAAGUGCUGCGCAUGACUUUAAAAAGCAAUCUAUCUUGUUCGUGUGAUUCCAACAAAUUGGUAAUAAAAGGUCAGUAUGUUAAAAUCGGAGAUGUGCCCAACAUUCAAAACACAUAUUGCAGAGGAACGCCAAAAUCGAUAGAAAUCUUCGCAUUGAAUGAGAUAUUCAUAAACGAAGAUUUAGAUGAAAGAGGAGCAGCUGUGCAACUCUCAAUUGUAGCUCCUGUUUGGAAUAUUCAAGGUCCUCGCCGAAUUACACUGGAUGGCGAAUCUGCAAAGGCUCACUAUCCGGCAACCGCACGAGAUGGAGAAGGUUUGGGAGCUCGCGGCACAGAUGGUUUGCCUGGAUUACCUGGAGGCCCAGCAGGAAAUUUCUUUGGAGUAGGUGAUACUUUCAAGUACCUGCAAGGGCUUACAAUAUCUGUCAGAGGUGGUAACGGAGGACCGGGUCAGAACGGAGGUGAUGGUGAGAGGGGCAAUGACGGUGCUGACGCUACGGAUGAUACCUAUAUAGAUCAAGAUUUUUUCGAUGCUCUGGGUUCCUUUUUUUCUUUCGGGUUGAGCCGAAGAGGUACUCCGAAAUCCAGAAACCAUAGAAUCUUAAGAUGGUACACCAAGGGUGGACAUUACGCAAUCUUUCUCGAAGGUAAACCUGGGUCAAGAGGAGGAAAUGGUGGAGAUGGUGGAGCACAUGGUCUCGGGGGAAAUUCAGGUGAGAUUAAUUUCGUUAAACUGGCAUCAUCGGACGCAAACGAUGCACAGAAAGUGACUGGGAAGGGAAGCGACGGUUCAGAUGGUGUAGGUGGUAAAGGGGGCACGGGAGGGAAAGAAGGAAAUCAACUCAGAGUUGGCGAACCGUGGUUAUUUGCAGAUUUUAAGAGUACCUCAACAGAUUCAAUUUAUAUCAGCAAUCGAGCUGCAGGAGGUGAUCGUGGUAGAGAUGGUUAUAUUGAGAAAGAAAGAAAAUAUCCCCAAGGUAGUGAAAAGAUUUCAAACCACAGGGACAUCGUGAAUGAAUUCAAAAAUUAUGCCAGGCAAAACCUAGAACAAAGCGUGAGAGAAUUAUUCCUGACAGAAUUUCUUCGCAAGCUAGAGAAUGAUGCGCGUUUGCAAAACCAUCGUAGAAGACGUCGUAAUAUAAAUCGUUCAGAUCCAACACAAAUCAUCGAUUACAAUGAUGUGGUACUUCGAGCAAAACAUUUCAGAAUUUCACGAACGCUGAAGGCAAUCACAAUGAUAAACGAAAACAGUGCUGACGGAAUUGAAAAUACCUCCAAUUUACAAGCUCUAGAUGCAAAUAAAAUUAAUGGAACCAUUGUAGAUCAUCCUUCUCCUGCAAAAAAUGCAGGUAUCAGAAUCAAUUCACCUAUCAACUUGGCAAUCACCUUCGUGAGCAAUUUUUUCGGGCAAAUGCAGCUCUUCAGCUUUGCCAAUAUAAUGAAUUAUGGAUUGGCUAAAAGUAGCAUCGAAUUUAUGUUCAGUGGUUCAAAACCUUCAGAUGUUUACACCAAUACUGAAGGAAAUACUAACCAAGUAAUGAAACUUGGGAAUUUCAAUAUCACCGAAUCAUUAGCAUUGGCCAACUUCGCAAUUCGUUGCAUAACGAAACAGAAAUUUUACAAUAGUGAAGAGAAAUCUAUGGAUUUAUCAGAGGUGAGAGCCUCUGUGCUCAAUAUUAUCACUGCAUUCGAAGAAAUACUCUGUGGUAUAUCAGCUGAGUACAAUUUACCUCCGGAAUCUUUGGAAUUCGAUCCAGUAACACUGAUUUCUAAACUUGAAAGAGAAGUAAUUAAUCAAAAUUACCAAAAAGUAGAAAAGAUACUGUGCCAAUCAAUUGACCACAAUGUCUAUUUAGACAAUCCCCAAUUUCGGACUCUCAUGCUGUGUAAGCUUCAUGAAGUACUGAAGAGACAAAAAAAAGCUCACUACACCAAAAAUGGCAAUUAUACAUCACACUCACAUAAUGAAAGCAAUGGUUUUAAAAAUGGAAUGUAACAAUCUCGAAAUGUAUCAGCUCUAUAUGAACAACCUGCAAAUCAUUGAACAGAUAGCGCCUAAUAAUUCAAAAUAAUACGUUUUUGCCAUUGAUGGUUCUGAGAUUAUGGUAUAUAUUUUGUAGUACAUAAAUUAGAACUGAAUGAUCAAUUUGAAAAAAAGUAAUUUUGAAAUCAAGUUUUGAAAAAAAAAUCAUCGGUCAUGCUUUCAACUGAUUUUAAAUCCCCCCCCCCCCCCCCCACAAUAAUUUCGAACUAAAUGUUUUUUUAAAGUAUGUAUUACUCAAGACAUAAAUUUUGAAUCGUUUUGUACACUGUUUAGGAUUACUCGUAUUUAUACAUUUAUAAUGUCAAUAAAUUUAUUUGAUUCAAUACUCAAUAGAUUCAUAUAGCCUUCGGUUUUGGUAAUUCACUUACAAGUUACAAAUAAGACCAGUGAAUAAAUUCAAACUUUUUUUGAUGUUAGAAAUUGAAAAUUGAAUUUUUUCAAAUUUUAAUUUUUUUGUGAUGAGUUCAUUUUAUUGAUUGAAAGGGCUUUUUUCAACUUUUUCAACGGAUAUGUAAAAAUUAGGGGUCAAAUGGGUUAACUUUAACAAUCAAAACUUUUUUUCAUCGGUGAUUUUAAAUCAAAAAAUCACAUUGUUUCGCAAACUUUCAAUUUUUUUAAAUCGACUUCACGAAAUAAUGCCACCCCAAUUUUUUAAUAUGUUGUUCAGGAUGAAAAGUUGCCCAUGAUAUAUUUUUUUCAGAAUUUUUGAGGGUCGGAACGAUAUGAAAACUACGUUUUGAAACUUUUCGAGUUAAUUUUUCGUACGAAAAAAAGUGGCAACACCGAUUUUUAUGAUAUCACCAAAAAGCCUUUCAAAACUCAGCUUACUAUUGGAAUAAGUUCCAUUUAGGUGGGUAUCGCGGUUAUCGAUUAAUCCACUGCUGAAAUGGAUAAUAUUUUAAGUUCACUGAAAAAUUUGACACCCUCUGGCAGCCUUUAAAAAAGGGCUAGAGAACUGCGAUUCGCGCCCUUGGUCAUCCCUUCAAAAGUUCUUUCCUCAAGAAAAAUUUCGAAAAAAUCGCCGACUCCUCCCCCCCCUUCUUGAUCGAAUUGGCGUGGAAUGACUCAAAUGCAGAGAUUUUAACAAACCCUCAUUUUUUUGAGAAAAAUUCUGACAUUUGAAAUUGAAAAUUUUAGAAACGCUCAGCACUUUUGUUCAAUUUUAAAAAAAAAUUCAUCUUUAAGGAUUCUGCACAAGGAAAACAAAGAGGUGAUUUGGAGGAAUUGCGACGCAGAAAUUGAGAAUUGUGAAAAAAAAGUGUUAUCAACUAGAUAUGGCUUUUUCCAAUUCAUGUAUUUUUUUUUUUUUUUGUGAAAAGGGAGAGGAGUGAAGGCCGAAGGGGUGGUGGGGAAGAAUUCAUCUUGAGAAAAAAGGUAUUAUCACCAUGCUGACAUUAUUUUUGAUUUUUGCACUAUUUUACAAAAAAAUAUAUGUAUAUUUCAUCAACUUUACGUGAGGUGUUUCAAGAAAUCUUCGAUUUUACUGGAAUUUCAUAAUUUCGUGGUAAUUUUCCAAUGGUUUUCACGAUCAUCUUACAGUUUUUAUGAUGUUUUAUGUAAUUUUCACCAAAUUUUAUUCCACAUUGAUGAUUUUUUUAAAGAUUUGCGUACGUCGAUCCGGAUCACUCUGACUUUUUCAAAAUUGGAAAUUUUUUUUUGAAUUUUUGACAUAUAUGUCAGGUUUUUGAAAAUUUGAAAGAAAAUCGGUCACCAUUUAUUAAAACGUGGGGGAAAAGUUCAUUGAUUUUUCAAGUGUCAGAUUUUGUCUGAAAAAAAUAAAAUAAAAAAAACGAUCAUUGAAAAUUUUAAAACUUGGAAAGAAAUUCGAUAGACUUUCAGCGAUGUCAACUUUUGAAACCUUGGAGAAAAAGAAAACUUAGGGAAAACCCCUGUUAACUUUCCAACAUUAUGUGCAAUUUUUAGAAAAUCAAGAAAAAAAUUUUAUUGAUUUUUUGACUUUACGCCACACUUGAGGGAAAAAUCAAUGAAGUACGUAGUUACAUACUAAAAUUAGGUACACUUAUCAAAAUUCCAAAAAUAACAUACUUACCGACAUUUUGUCAGAUUUUUUUCAAAUUUGGAACUCUGAAUAUUGAGUCAGGUUGAGCAAAAAACAUGUCCAUAAUUUAAAACUUUCUUUGGAGAGGAGACUUUUUACCCACUUUCCUCCGGAUUUCGACAAAUUUUGUUGAAAUUUCAUCAAUUUUCGUGGUUCAAAUUGCACGUAUAUUCCACAAUUAUCCAUCAAAAUAUUCCACCCCCCCCCCCAAAUCACGCUGAUACAGAGCUGAGCACAUGUUGCAGCAAAGCCAUAUUGAUCAUAAAAUUGCUGAUUCGUCGAAUCGAUCAUUAAACCAUAAGUAGGUAAGGUACUAUAAAUCGACUCACCCAGUAUAUUACUCAUGAAUUUCACAUAAAUAAAACUCUUAUGGAGGAACACUGUACUCACCUGAAACAAAAAACAAUAUUUUUUGGAUUAGUUUGCUUCGAUUAUUCAUUUUUCAAUUCUAAUUCAUUUGAAUAGUAAUUCUACAAAAGAAAAGUACCCACAUAAAUGACAAACAAGUAAACACUCGCAAGUCAGAACAUGAAACAGAAUGAAACAUCUGACAUUGAUAUUUGCUAAAUUUCAUGAAGUAACAUAAAGUUUCAUGCUAAUCUUACACUCUUCCAGUUCCAGAGAAAAAAAUUAGCAAAAUAGCAUAACACUUAACAUUGUCCUAAAACUUCAGGAUAAUCAUGGAACAUUAUUUCAACACAAAACUUUCACACGCCUUAGAUUAGCGAUUAGUGAAUUCAUCACAAUCAAUACUAAAGAUUCCUGUUUCAAUUUUCUUUCCAGGAUACCAGCUUCGAAAAACCAACAUUCUGCACAACUGGAAUAAAUUCACACCUCUGCAAUAGAAAAUAAAAAU